CUUCUCUCUUCUUCUUCUUCUUCUCUCUCUGUCUCUCUCUGUCUCUCUCUUUCUCUUCUCUUUUCUCAUAAGCUCUUUUUAUCAGCUUCAAAUCUCUGCAACAAUGGCAGCAGCUCCAAUGCUUGACUCCACUUUCGGUGUUGACAAGCUUACAUACGAGAUCUUCUCCAUUCUUGAAAACAAAUUCCUCUUUGGCUACGAAGAUCAGAAGCUUUUUGUCUCCGGAAAACAAGAAAUUCCAGUUGAAACACUAAAGUCCGGCGAGAAUGUCUCCGGAAAGGUUAGAAUUCUCUCCAUCGAUGGCGGUGGUGCCACUGACGGAAUCCUAGCCGGUAAAUCUCUCGUACAUCUUGAAGCCUAUCUGCGUAAGAAAUCUGGCAAUACUGAUGCUCGAAUCUCCGAUUACUUCGAUGUGGUCGCUGGCACCGGCACCGGUGGAAUUCUGGCAGCUCUGCUAUUCACUCGAGGUAAAGAUGGUCGUUCCAUGUUUACGGCCGAUGAGGCGCUACGGUUCCUCAUCGAUAACCGCCGGAAAAUCAGCCAUUCCUCGCCGGCAGGAGCUUUCAGGCGGAUUUUCCGAUCAUCGAAUAAGGUGGAGAAGUUGUUCCGGCGAACUUUCGGAGAUUCAACGUUGAAGGAUACAGUGAAGCCGGCUUUGAUACCAUGCUACGAUCUAUCGACUCGUGCGCCGUUCUUGUUUUCCCGCGCUGAUGCAUUGGAAACUGAUGGCUAUGAUUUCAAGAUGAGAGAAAUCUGUGCGGCCACGUCUGCGGAUCCGACGGUGAUGAGUGCUGUUGAGAUGAGAUCCGUGGAUCAGAAAACUAGCAUCUUGGCCGUGGAUGGUGGCGUUGCGAUGAAUAAUCCGACGGCUGCGGCGAUCACUCAUGUGCUGAACAACAAGCACGAGUUCCCGUUCUGUGAUGGGGUGGAGGAUUUGCUUGUUGUGUCACUGGGGAACGGUGAGUCGGACUCCGGUAGCCGGAAACCGAAACUAUCGGCGGCGGAGUUCGUUACUGUCGCCGGCGAAGGAGCUUCUGAUAUGGUUGAUCAAUCUGUUUCGAUGGCAUUCAAUCACGCCGGAACAAGUAAUUAUGUUCGAAUUCAAACAACCGGAUUUGAUGUCGGAAAAUUCCUGAAGAACUCAAAAUCGGCAGAGGAAAAGGGAGAAGUUCUAUUGGGCAUUGCAGAAGAGAUGUUGAAACAUAAGAAUGUUGAGUCUAUACUCUUUAGAGGGAAGAAGAUCAUUCAAAACACGAAUUCAGAGAAGCUAGACUGGUUCGCUGGAGAGCUAAUUAAGGAGCAUGAGAGGAGAAAAACAAGUAUUCUACCUACAGUAAUCUUCAAACAAGCGGUAUCCCCAAGAACUUCGUCUGCAACUGUAUCGACUGAAUCUUCAUAUUAGUGAGUACCCAACAAAAAAAAAAAAAAAAAUUGUUCUUUUUGUUGAAGGGGUUUAAUUUUGUCAAUCUUGUAGAUGCUCGCCGCUCUCCGUAAAUCUCGAAACAUGAGAGUCUGAGCAGAGCAAAUUUGU